AUGAAUCACCCCAACAGUCCUACCUGGAAGGUUUAUAAGCGCUUCGGCCCCGGAGGUGGAAACUUUGGGCCCGGGAAGCUGAGGAUAAAGACGCGGAAAAGGGAGGACGACGACGGGGCCGCCAUGACCGGUCUUGGGCUCCCCGUGGCGGUGGGCAUCCUGCUGCUGGCCCAGGUGGCCCAGCCCGUCUUCGUCCAGCCACGCCCAUUUAAAAACCCCGCUAAUCCCGGCCCCGCCCACCUCAGCCCCAAUCCAAAAUCAACCAAUCCCAGCCCCGCCUACUUCAGCCCCGUCCCCAAGAUCCGCCAAUCCCAGCCCCGCUCCAAGAUCAACCAAUCCCACCCCGUCCCCAAGAUCAACCAAUCCCAGCCUCGCCCACCUCAGUACCUCCCCACGAUCAACCAACCCCAGGCCCGCCCACCUCAGCCCCGCCGCCAAAGUCGUCCAACGCCAGCCCCGCCCACCUCAAGCCCCGCCCCAAAUUCAACCAAUCCCAGCCCCGCCCACUUCAGCCCCGUCCCCAAAAUCCGCCAAUCCCAGCCCCUCCCCAAGAUCAACCAAUCCCAGCCCCGCCCACCUCAGCCCCGCCCCGAGAUCCGCCAAUCCCAGCCCCGCCCCAAGUUCAACCAAUCCCAGCCCCGCCCACCUCAGUCCUUCUCCAAGAUCAACCAAUCCCAGCCCCGCCCACCUGUCCCGUCCCCAAGAUCAACCAAUCCCAGCCCCGCCGCCAAAGUCAUCCAACGCCAGUCCCGCCCGCCUCAAGCCCCGCCCCAAGUUCAACCAAUCCCAGCCCCGCCCACUUCAGCCCCGUCCCCAAGAUCCGCCAAUCCCAGCCCCUCCCCAAGAUCAACCAAUCCCAGCCCCGCCCACCUCAGUCCCUCUCCAAGAUCAACCAAUCCAGCCCCGCCCCAAGUUCAACCAAUCCCAGCCCCGCCCACCUCAGUCCCUCUCCAAGAUCCACCAGUCCCAGCCCCGCCCACCUCAGUCAGUCCCGUCCCCAAGAUCAACCAAUCCCAGCCCCGCCGCCAAAGUCAUCCAACGCCAGUCCCGCCCGCCUCAAGCCCCGCCCCAAAUUCAACCAAUCCCAGCCCCGUCCGCUUCAGCCCCGUCCCCAAGAUCCGCCAAUCCCAGCCCCUCCCCAAGAUCAACCAAUUCCGGCCCCGCCCACCUCAGCCCCGCCGCCAGUCAUCCAAUGCUAAUCCCGCCCACCUCAAGCCCCGCCCCCAAAAUCAACCAAUCCCGGCCCAGCCGACUUCAGCCUCGUCUCCAAAAUCCGCCAAUCCCAGCCCCGCCCCAAGAUCAACCAAUCACGGCCCCGCCCACCUCAGCCCCCGUCCCCAAAAUCAACCAAUCCCGGUCCCGCCCGCCUCAGCCCCGCCCCCAAGAUCAACCAAUCCCGGCCCCUCCCGCCUCAGCCUCGCCUCCCUCCAGCCUGAGGAGCAGCCCCCCCCAUCCGUCACCCUGAAGGGCCCUGAGGGUCCCCAGGGUGGGCACCGGGCAGAGGAAGAAGGCUGGCAGGGCCUGGCAAUCCGGUCGGCGCAGUGCGAUCCGUCAGGGCCCGACAGUGGUUUCCAGUUUCCACUGGAUGCCGUGAAGAAGCUGGCUGAUCUCCUGGAGGCCCCCGGUGCCCAGCUGCAGAGCCGGACCGCCGGCUUGUCCGUCUGCACUCACCCUUCCCUGCCACCCGAAUUCCUGCCCGUCUGCAAGAGCAAAGAAGCCCCAGGCAUCUUCAAACGCCUGAGAACCAUCGCCAACGACGACCUGUGUGAGAUCUGUGCCAACGCCGCUUGUACCGGAUGCUACUGA